AUGUCCACCACAGCAACAUCAACCUCAACCUCAACAAAAACCACCCUCCUCACCCCCCGUAUCCUCUCCGUCUCCAAAUCCUCCUCGCACACCAUCGCCAAAACCCCCGUCCCAUCCAUCACCCUCAUCCCCAACCACGGCGUCGACGGCGACUGCCACGCAGGCCAAACCACCCAGCACCGCGCCCAGGCGCAAGCGCAGCGCACCCCCAAUCUCAGACAGGUACAUCUCGUCCCCGUCGAGACACUCCGCGAACUCUCGGGGAGACUUUCUGCUGCUGCAAAGCCACUCUCGGCUGGCGAGAUCGGCGAGAAUAUCACCACUGAAGGGGUAGAGCUAUCGACGCUCCCGCUCGGGACGGAGGUGCACUUCCUCGGUGGGGACGGUAAAGAGGCGGCUAUUGUUGUGUUGACGGGUGUUCGGGAGCCGGGGCCGGGGAUCGAUAAGUGUCGGGCUGGACUGAGGGAUGUGUGUGUGGUAAGGGAUGGGAGUCGGGUUGUCAAAAGGUUGGCUGGGGUGAUGGGGACGGUUAAGAAGGGGGGGAUGCUUAGGCCGGGGAUGGGGAUUAGGAUUGUGAAGCCGGCGGGUGCGAGUGUGCGGCCGUUGCCUGUUGUGUAG